AUCUAUCGUAGGGAAGAAACAAUUUGAGAGACACUACUUACUUACUGACCUAUAUUUUUAACCUGCGUGUAACGUCGCUUGUAUAGACGAUCUGAAGCGACGUAUGUUGUCCUAGCAACCUAUAACGUUUGUCCUCCUGGAAAUUUUGCAUCGAAUAACCUAUCUGCAGCUCCUUGUUAGCCCGACAAACUUAAACACAAGUGCAGGAUUAAGAUGAGUCCUCCUGCUGGUUUAACGGCAGUCAACUGAUCAGCAUAUUAUAUUUGCUGAUGACAACACAUACAAAUGGUCGUGUCGAGCGAAGAUGAUCGAAAAGCUGAGUUUGACUUGUGAUAGACUCUUGUCACACCGGCAGCUCGCAUGCUGUCACACUUUUUGUGGUAUACCACUGCAUGGCAAGGAUAUGCUGAUUUACAAUAAUAUGGACACAGAGCAGAAGCCCCUGCUGCUAACUGGCCACCAUGGUGAGAUCAGUGCCAUGACUUUUGGGAAAGGAAGCAGUCCUGUUCUCCUCUGCUCUGCUUCUGCUGAUUAUAUCAUUGUCUGGGAUAUUGAACUGUGCCAGAAGCGAACACAGGAAGGUAAAAUUGCAGCUGGAACAGUUAUUGGGACUUUAUUGGGUGAAGUCUCUCAUCUUUCAUUUUGUUUCUCUGAUGAACGAGUGGCUGUGUGCUCAGGAGUAAACAUCUAUAUUCUCAACUCAAAGAGACAUGAAGUGAUCUCUACCUUGACUGGCCACCUGGGGAUUUUAACAUCAUCAGAGUUCUGUCCCUGGAACACAGACAUUCUCAUCACCACAUCAGAGGAUCGCACUUUUAAGGUUUGGGAUUUAAAAACAGAAGCUGUUUGCUACCAGUCAUUUGUGCUUUCAGCUUCUCCACUUCUCAGUAUGCUCGUCUUGGAGGAGAAUAGGCACCUUGUCACCGGCUCAGCUGAUGGACAGGUGUGGUGCUUUUCUCUCCCUGAUGACCACAAGUGUCAGCUUGUGACCAAAAUGGACCUUCAGAAGAUGGAAAAAAGAUAUCAAAUGCACCAAGAGACUGUGGGCCAUCAAGCAGAGAGUGCAGAACAGUCAACUGUAGAUAAAGUGGAAACGUCAAAACCUGUCCUCAAAAUGGCUUUAUGUAGCUUAUCUCCUGACACCAACACUGAGCAAACAAAGGACAACAGCUGUUUAUGUAUUGGAAGCUCUAAUGGCCUGUAUGUGGUGGAUCUGGCUACCUCAGAACUCCUAACAGCACUAUAUUUCAGAGAUUACCCCAACCUGAGCAUCACAAUGGCUGGGUCAUGGUCAGUCUCUCCGGGGUGGGAUAAGUCUGUGAUGUUUUUAGGGAGCUCUUUGUUUACUCCAUGUGUGGUGCUGUUGGAGUUAAACCUGCAGGACCUAGAGAGGAUGUGGACUGGCUCGGAAGGCUUUUCAGUGUUCCCUAGUUCUCCUCUGCUGCUUGAAUCGCCUCUGAAUGCUGAGUUAAAGAAGAAGGAAUGCAACCAUCCUAAAAAGAAAGGAGGUCUAAAGGACCAGCCUUUGGUUUUCCACUCAAAAGUGAAGUCAUCUGGAUACACAAGUGCCCCAAGAAGGAUCAUGUUUUCACCUAAAACAAAUCUUCAGAAGAAUCCUUCCUCUAAAAAGGCUAACAAAAAUAUAGAUUUGCUCAGAGAUUAUCCUGCAGAGAGCGCAGCACCUACUACUCCCCACGUUUGUCUAAGCAUUGCUUACAAACCAGUUUGUUGCCUUCAGUAUUCAGGUGAUGGAAAACAUAUUCUGUGUGGUCUUGGCGACAACUCAGUGUUAUUGUACAAAUCUUCUGUUGCUGGAAAUCCAACAGUCUACACAGGUCAUGAUAAGCCAGUGCGCAGUGUGAGCUGGAGCCUCAACAGACAGUGGUGGUUGAGUGCAUCAGAAGACCAAAAACUUCGAAUUUGGACCCACAGCAGCCCAGACCCUGCCAUUAUCAUGAGUGAGAGUAUGUUCACCAAACCCAUUAGGAGUGCUCAGUUUUAUUACCUUGACAAAUUCCUCCUUUUUGCAUCUGGGCCCUCUCUAUACUUGUACCUUUAUAACGUGGACACUACACACGAUGACAUCAAGAGAUAUCAACAACAGAGUGUUGUCAAAUUGGCAAGAUGCUUCGUGACGACGGCGGGGACAGACAUUGCUGCCUUGUCUGCAGUCAACGAUUUCUUUUCUUACAUUGUCCUUGUGUGUGGUUCAGAUCGAACCAUUCAAGUAUUUGACAUGAACGAGGGUAGAGUUGCCGCAGAGCUGCCCGAUUCCCACAGCAGAGCCAUUCACUGCAUUACACAGAACAAGGGCUCCAUGUUCAGCACACAGGCACUGGAUUCAUACAACCUCUUCCUCACCAGUGCAGUCACAGAUGGUGUGAAGCUCUGGGACCUCCGUACACUUAGAUGUGUGCGGCGUUAUGAAAACCAUCUAAAUCGCUGCCAUCCAUGCUCUGCAGCCAUCUCGCCAUGCGGCAAGUUUAUUGCAUCGGGCUCGGAGGAUAGCUAUGCCUAUGUGUAUGACGUCCGUAGCAGCAGCUACCUCCACAAACUUCAGAGACACUCAGACACGGUGCUCAGUGUGACUUUCAACCCAGCCAUGCCGGAGGUGAAUCAGCUUCUUCCUCUCAGCAUGUGCAGUAUAGAACAUCCUGGCAUGCUGAAGUAUGUGCUUUACAAUUGAAUUGAAGUACAGUAUGUGCUUACAAUUUUCCCUCCUUUGGGAGGGAAAACACAUUGCACGUUGCACUCAGCCUGCCAGUUUCUACAGACGGACACUUUCUGUCAUCCAAAAUGCCAGUAUACUGUAUGACAGCGUUGACCAGUGAAAAUCUAACCCACAUUGCAUUCCAAACAACAUUUUUUCUCACCCACACUUUCAACAUUGCUUCUUCUUUGCAUGUCCUAAGAGUGUUUCUAAAAUGUGGGAAAAAGCUAAACGAAAGCAAAAUAACCCCCUUAUAAUGGCCCACCAAUGAGUUUGACUUUUGACUUGUUGGUCACCCAAAGACAGAUGGAGACUGAAUGUGUCAAAUAGCAGAUGGUUUCUGGAUGAUGUAACAGAAAAAUCCAUUAAUGCUAUUAUAACCUUCUUAGAAAGUGUGAUUUAGCUUCAGCUCUACAUUACAUGCUAGCAUAGUCAAGAGAGAGGUUGCAAAGAUCACUCAUCCAAAGAAGAUUAAAUCCAUCCAAGUCAUAAUAUAUUUCAGUCAUCCUUAGAAAUCAGCUAUUGUGACCCCCUUUCCCAGCACCGACAGCUGUGUGCUGGUAAAAGAUGACUUCUCCUACAUAAAACGGUUUUAGUGCAUGGGAAAAAUGUUGGACUAUUGUUGUACCAAAUGUUUUUUAUUACUGCUUGGCAAACCAUUGUUUUCCCACUGUUCAUAUUUUUUUUAAUAAAGAUACUUUACAAACACCAUAAACUCCCUCUAAUAUCACCAUAAAUGACACCGAUGUUCCAAAGCAGAACUGGGCAUUCACCUAUGCAUUCCCAUCUGUUUGUUUGUUUUGUUCGUUUGCAUUGCAGUUUGUUGAGUCGUCCUUUAAGACUUUGAGUGGGAUUAAUUAAUUACAACAUAUGAUAUACUCUCACCAGCCACUUUAUUAGGUACACCUGUACAAUUAUAUG